AUGUUGCGAUGGUCUCUGAAAUUGGUGUGUUAUGAAUAUGACAUAAAAUACAGACCUGGAAAAGGCAUUGGUAAUGCAGAUGCUCUCAGCCGAUGGACUUCUGUUAACGCAGCUGAAGCGCGAGGGAUGGGUUCGUUAGCGGAUGUGCUACUAUUAGAGGAACCUCCCUCUGGAUUAAACUUGGAUGCAGCGAAAAUUGCUGCUGAAACUAAAAAAGACCCGGUACUACAAAAGGUUUUAUUUCAUGUGCUACAUGGUUGGACUGGCAAAAAUACUGACCCCACACUCCAGCCGUAUUGGACGCGAAGAGAGGCUCUUUCACAUAAUAAAGAGUGUUUAUUGUGGUGUAACAGAGUCAUUAUACCCGCUUCUUUACAACAGCAGGUAUUAAAGGUAUUGCAUGCACCGCAUGUUGGAAUCGUCCAGACGAAAGCUUAUGCUAGAGGAUACGUAUGGUGGGUCGGUAUGGACGCUCGGAUAGAGGCCACAGUGACUGUUUGUGAGUUGUGUCAAGCCGUGAGAAACAAUCCACCAAGAGAUCCGCACACAUGGAUUUUACCUGACAAACCAUGGAGUCGUGUCCAUGUUGAUUUUGCACGACCAUUUCAAGGGAAGACUUUUUUGUAA